AUGGGCAACGAGAACUCGUCGCUCGUCAAAAUCCGACGAGGCAGCAAGGAGCCGAGUGUGCUCAUCGAGUGCGUCGAAGCGAAAAGGUGAGUGGAACGGUCGGGUCAAGUGCCAUUUCUGAUUGGAUUCAGAUGGUCCGGAGCCUGAGAUCAACAUUCAAGAGACCCCUCCUCUAGGUUCAUUUUCUUCUCUUUCUCUCCUCCCUAUCACCCACAUCUUUGCGCCGACUCAAUAAAAGAUUCCUUCCUUCUCCGCCCAAAGACGACCUCCGUACUUUGCCCAACGGGACUUCCUCGUUUCAUGCAAAUUGGACGAGUUCCCUCGCAGUCUACACAACUAUUGUUCAUCUGAAUAAUAAUGAUAAAAAGGGAAGAGCACCCAAGUGAUAUACGUCCUUUCUUGUCUUCGAAAACAUAAAACUGAUUUGUGACUCUUCGUUUGCUUUCAAUCAAGCGUAUCACUUUCUAACAAGGUUUCUGACGAUAUCCUCCCCUUCUUUCUUCUUUUACAUCAGAAUUCGGCUCUUGUGGCUUUAAUCUCACAAAGAACUCUUUAAUAUUAGGCAUCCACCGUUUUCGAAUAAAUUUGCCUGCAAAAUUCUUGCCACGUCGCAGUGGGUUCACUUGUGCGGGUCAAUUGUUUUGGUCGGCUGCUCUCUGGGGGUCCCUUCCGGUUUGACGUCGUCGCUCUUCCUGGCCACUCCAUCAUUUCUCAGAGAAAACAGGCUCGGGGGUACAGCCCUUACUGCCACGUUUCGGAUUUCAGAUCCGCUCUCACUCCGUUCCCUCUGCUUUUCUCUUUCUUCUGAGUGUGUCCCAUUCUUGCCCAAUUCAAACGACUUCUCUUUCUUUGAAUGGGGCAGGCGGGCGAACAAAUUCAAUUUCUGUGCGGUGCCGAUUGGCGAAACGAGCGAGAGAAGACAAAACUGCGCCCGUUACGCGGUCCAUCCCAAUUCAAUCGUCUGAUUUUUCGGCUCGUUUUCCAUUCAAAAAAUCUCGAGAAGCUCACUCUUGACCAUUGACUUUUGACAGCGAAACAACACUUUAACAGAAGAAGAAGAAGAAGAAGACGAAGGGGGAGGAGACGUGGCAAGUGUUUUCAAACGCUUUCCCAUUUCAUAAGAGCCCGUUUGACACAGAAUGGUACUGCUUCCCUCUAAAUUGGUUGCUUUGAACUCAGUUCCAUAAUCCGGAAUCUUGGUGUCACUUUCCAACAUUACAAUCAGAAAAACCACGAACUAUUUCCCUUUACAGCAAUCCCCACAACUUGAUACAUUUCCUUGCUCGUUUCUUACCUCCGAAUACUAUAAAUAUGUAGAACUGCGGUCAUGUUCUGCUCCAUUUCGGCGUUGAAUGAAUGUCUUUUUCUGCUCAACUAAUCGCCGUCUGCUCCCCCAUUUUUCCUUUCAAAACAUUCGGAGACCAAACUCCAGAUCUCCUCCGUUUCUUGCCACGUCAUCAGAUGUCCUUGAUCUUCGUUUGAUUGUGAUUACUCUGUUUGGUUUCUGUUUUGUUUUCGUUCCGCUAAUGAGGCCCAACUGCCAGUGCCGCUCUUUUCAUUCCGUCAAUUAAGAUGAUUAGGGAUGAAACGUCCGCCCCCAUUCCAGAAGGAAAAGAGACUAAUCCGAAAAAUGUACAUAUAAAUAGUUGAAUUAUUUACUUCCCCUCUCUUCAUAUCUUCAGUGUCCUUCGCAUCAGUUCAUCAUGUUUUGCAGAGAGCACACGUCCGUCUAUAGGAAGAAGUCGCGUCGGAGUGUCAGUCAGUCCCGGCCCACUUCUGUGAUCGAAUCAAGAAGGUCGGUGGUGCCGCCGAUUCCUGCGCUCAUCCAGGCACAACUGUCAGCGGAGGAUUCGAUCAGCAUAGGAUCGAGGAAAAGUUCCGGUGAGUGGGAGGAUUUAACUCAUUUCGGAGUGCUUUCAAGACAUCACUUUCCUUUCCGUAUCCAUUUUCACACGCGAGAUUACUGUACUUGGACGGAUGUUCUUCCCGCAUUGCUCGAAGAUUUCUGAAAUCGGAAGGAUGCACGUAUUUGUGUCGGGUUGGAAAAACAUUUCGAUUCAGUUGAUCGUGUUAUUCCAUUCCGGAAAUCUGUCUUGUUUUGGUCUCCCUGACAACCCGUUCCGAUCCAUUUUCUUGUCGCUCCCAAGUUGUUUUGACUCCAGAAGAACGGACCCCGUCGGAUACUUCUCCGGCCUUUCCGUGGUUUCUCCCAUUUUCUCUCCCUCAAUAGUAAUAAUAAGCACACCCCCACACACAUACGGCCCGACCAAAUACGCCUCAUUUCUUCCGCUCGUUGUGUUUUUAUAUUGGUCUGCUCAUCAUCUUCAUCAUCUUUUGCUCAUUUCAGUGUCCAAUUUCCGACUAUCCAGCGACGGAUCCGGCGAUUCGUUGCUCAGUCCGCUGACCGCAUCUUCCAACGAUCGACGGAGAAGCAGGAGUCUUUGCUCUGCACAAAUGAAAGACGACGCUCAGGUGAGAGAAGAUCAACAGAGUUCUUGUGUUGGCUUACUCGAAAAGACAAUAUUCCGUGCAAAAAGAUUCCCUUUUCUAUUUUAAUGGAAAUCUCUACCCGAGUACCCGAGGGACCCCUUCUUCUUUUCGAAGGUUCCAUUGCGAAACGUGCUAACCUUAUUAGUGUCAUCUGCCCGGAAUAGCUCCUUCCUUCUGGUUGCUUUUCCCCUUCGUCCACCCUCACUGUCCUACGAAUUCGAGGAUUUUCUUUGCCAUCCCCCACAACAAACAUCUCCUCUCAAUCCUUUAAUAAUCGGGACAUAGUGCACGAGAGAAAGAGACGCAGCACUGAUAAACUUAGAGAAGAAGCCACGAAAAUAUCCAUUUCGGGCGGGGCCUUAUUUUUCAUUUCAAAAAGAUGUCUGAGCAGGACGAUAAAACGCCAGGAACUCGGAAGCCUAUUUCCAUUGUUCACGCAAUUUUCUUUGUAUUCAAAGUUAAGAAGGUACGUGCCACGUGGCAGAGCACUCUGAUGUUUGCUCGCUUGCCCCUCCCACUCGUGCUCAUUUGUUUUCAUCUUCAAUCUGUGUGCAUUUGCAGGCUGUCGCAGCUCAACAUAAUAAAGAGAAGGAGGAGAAGGCCGGUGGAAGCGGAGGCCGGAAGGCGAGCAGCGGACUCGUGCCGUCGCUCAACAGGCUCCGUAUCCAGCAGUGUUUCAAGGCGGCCAAGUACGGGAAAUCGUGGAAGCCUCCUUCAGAACUAUUUGUUUUCAGGCCGUGCAUCGGGGAUGCGAUUAUGAAAAGGGCGGCGGCGUCGAGGGCAGAAAUGAGGAGUCUUCUCAGCAAAAUGAAUGAAAAGCAGAUCGAGUGUCUGAGCAAGCAGAUGUACGAGCUCAUCACAGACGCCGUUGAGAAUGCCGAUAAGUCUGAUAAGGUUGGUCCGCAAGUGCACUGCUCGGAAUUACUGAUUAUGCCGCCGAGCCAGAAGCGGAGACUUUCGUGUGUUUUGCGAGGCACAAAGGUCGGUCCGACGUCACUGGUUUAUCAGUGAACCCCGUCCUCACCGGCUGUUGUUUUCGACAGUUCUGAUCAGAGUCAAAACGAGUAAUCAGGCAUCGUAAUCCAUAACGAAUUAUGUUUAUUGAAAAUGAAACUGAAAUUCUGAAAGCCCUGAAAUCCUAAAUUGUUUCUGAUCUCAAUAAGUAGGUGAAUGACGAGGGAAGCCGUUCUUCCGUAAUCCGCUUCCACUGAUCCGUCCGUUCUUGCAGGUGCUCACCCACGCGCGCCAGUUCGGAGGGACCUACGCGUCGCUGGUCCCCCUCGGCUUCCGGCCCGAUCUCUUCGCCUCUCUGGCCGACGCCGCCAUCGCCGAAUGCGUGAAACUGGACGGAGUGCACAAGCGAUGCGAGACCCUCUCCGCCUGGAGCCAACUGUUUUCCGCCCUGUUCACGGGCGUCCGGGACGGUUAUUAUCAGCAAGUACGUCAUCAGAGACGGACUUCUCUCCCGCAGAACACGAUAACCAAACAGGUACCCAUUCCGCGAGUCACCUCGUUCUGACCGCCCUUUUUCAGCUUUCCGUCGAUUUCUCCAAAACCUCCGAGUCCAGUUUUGUCCGCUGA